AUAGGUAAGGGUAUUUAACCUGUGGAAAGAACAUCGGAUAACACAAUACUUUCCAUUUGAUUGUUGGUGAAAUUCCGUGUUGAGCUAUCGGCAUGGCCCCCGUGAAAGGUCAAAAAAUGAUGUCAUUUUUCGUAGCCACCGCCAUCGUCUAUGUCAUAAUGACUGCUUCGGAAGUGGAAGCGGGUGGAAUGAUGGGUGGUGGUAUGAUGGGCGGAGGCGGAAAACACGGAGGUGGUGGAAGUGGACUUGAAGCUCUUCUUGUUGCUGGAAUUCUUGCCAAGAUCCUUGGAGGCAACGAUAAAGGAGGAGGAGGAGGUGAAGAAAAGCAUCAGCCUAUGUAUAUGGCUAUGCCUAUGAGCGUUAGCAUGGGUCAUGGUAUGAAUUAUGGAAUGGGUCACGGCAUGAUGGGAUGGAAGUGAUGGAUCUUGCUCGUUAUGAGACAUAGUCUGCGAAUUAUGAAAUUUUAUAUGUUCUGAAAAUUAAAAAAUUUAUAUAUUUUAACUAUGUACUGUUUUUUGUUAAAAGAUAUUUUAUUGUAUGUUAAUAUAUUAUGCUUAUAUUGUUCUUAUGAAGCAAUUUUAAAAACACUCCUGUAAGCAUCACUUAUGGUUUGUUUCAAUAAUAUGUGAUGCAACUUUAUGAAAACAGUCUUUCUUGCUUUAUCUUCAUUUCAUUUGUAUAUAUAUUUCAUACCGAUAGUA